CUUUCUACCUUAGACCUUUGUGUGCAUUGCACAGGGAGCCAGCAGAGGGAGCUGUGGUCAGAGCUUUUAAGUUUUGAUUUUCAAAAAAGAUCUUCCUUUGCUCUAUCUGAACUUCCCAUGUAAUAAGAAUUUAACUUGAGAUACACCAGAGCAUGGUGCCAGACCCCUGGUGGAAGCAGUUGGAGAGCUUCUGCUAGCUGCUUGAACUUGAACUUGCUAGCAUAAGGAACUCUGAUUUCAAGGAAACGCCUGUUUACUGUACUGAUCCAAAUCAAGCAGCUCUUGAGAAAGGGAGUGCCUUCUUGACCUCGAUCUUUAUUGAUCUUGGUAGCAGCACUUCCAGUGACGUGUGCUGAGGGGUGGGAGAAAAUUAACCAGUGCCUUAUACACAGGGAAUAAGGAAGCUGGCCUGCUGCUGCAGAAAGUCCCCACUGGGGAGGACAUAAUCUUACCCACGCCUGCACUAUGGAGAAGUGGGACGGUAAUGAGGGCACCUCAGCUUUUCACAUGCCAGAGUGGAUGAUCCAAUUUGCUGACCAGAAACAAGAAUUCAACAAACGUCCCACCAAAAUUGGACGUCGCUCUCUGUCUCGUUCCAUUUCUCAGUCAUCUACUGACAGCUACAGCUCAGCGGCUUCAUACACAGAUAGCUCUGAUGAUGAAACAUCCCCCAGGGACAAGCAGCAAAAGAACUCUAAAGGAAGCAGUGACUUCUGUGUCAAGAACAUCAAACAGGCAGAGUUUGGACGAAGAGAAAUUGAAAUUGCUGAACAAGAAAUGCCUGCACUGAUGGCUUUGAGGAAGAGAGCUCAAGGAGAAAAGCCUUUGGCUGGAGCCAAAAUUGUGGGCUGCACACACAUCACUGCUCAGACUGCUGUGCUUAUGGAAACUCUGGGUGCUCUGGGGGCACAGUGCCGCUGGGCUGCCUGCAACAUCUAUUCCACUCUCAAUGAAGUGGCAGCUGCUCUAGCAGAAAGUGGAUUUCCUGUCUUUGCAUGGAAAGGAGAGUCAGAAGAUGACUUUUGGUGGUGCAUUGACAGAUGUGUGAAUGUGGAGGGUUGGCAACCAAACAUGAUCUUGGAUGAUGGAGGGGAUCUUACUCACUGGAUUUAUAAAAAGUAUCCCAACAUGUUUAAGAAAAUCAAGGGCAUAGUUGAAGAGAGUGUUACUGGAGUCCAUAGACUGUACCAACUGUCCAAAGCUGGGAAGUUGUGUGUUCCAGCUAUGAAUGUCAACGACUCAGUCACCAAACAGAAAUUUGACAACCUCUACUGUUGCAGAGAGUCAAUUCUUGAUGGACUUAAAAGGACAACAGACAUGAUGUUUGGUGGAAAGCAAGUGGUGGUCUGUGGCUAUGGAGAGGUGGGGAAGGGAUGUUGUGCUGCUCUGAAGGCUAUGGGUUCCAUUGUGUACGUAACUGAGAUUGACCCAAUCUGUGCCCUGCAAGCCUGUAUGGAUGGAUUUCGACUGGUGAAAUUAAAUGAGGUCAUCCGACAAGUGGACAUUGUUAUUACCUGUACAGGUAACAAGAAUGUGGUAACCAGAGAGCACUUGGAUCGAAUGAAGAAUAGCUGCAUCGUUUGUAACAUGGGACAUUCCAACACAGAAAUUGAUGUGGCAAGUCUGCGGACACCAGAACUGACCUGGGAACGAGUGAGAUCCCAAGUUGACCAUGUAAUAUGGCCUGAUGGCAAGAGGAUAGUACUGUUGGCAGAGGGCCGUCUGCUGAACCUAAGCUGCUCCACAGUGCCUACAUUCGUGCUCUCAAUCACUGCUACUACUCAGGCUCUCGCCUUGAUAGAGCUUUACAAUGCUCCUGAGGGCCGCUAUAAGCAAGAUGUCUACCUGUUGCCCAAGAAAAUGGAUGAGUAUGUGGCAAGCCUACACCUACCAACCUUUGAUGCCCACCUGACAGAGCUGACAGAUGAACAGGCCAAGUAUCUGGGACUCAACAAGAAUGGGCCUUUCAAGCCUAAUUACUACAGGUAUUAAGUUCUUGUAACUCAAGCCAGAAGUUUUAAGGAAUAGAACUCCAAGCCUUUUCUCCACUACUAUCCAAGAAAGAACCCAGCAAGCUGUUUCUCCAAUCAGAGCUGCCCGCCGUGCUCACCCUGUGUAUUAGGUUAUUUAUUUAUUAAAAUCUAGAAUCCUGUGCCUGUA